AUGGCAGAUGACACUGUAUACUGUGCAGAUGCGCAAUGUGGAAAAGAGUCAACUUCUGGACUGAAGUGCCCCAUUUGUUUGAAACAAGGUAUAGAGUCGCACUUUUGUAACGAUGCGUGCUUCAAGAACAGUUACAAAGCACACAAGUCACUUCAUUGGAAGGAUGACAAGCCGGAUUCGUAUGAUCCAUUUCCCAAGUUCAAGUACACCGGUGAACUGAGACCAGCUUAUCCGCUAAGUCCCAGAAGAGCGGUGCCCGAUGACAUCCCAAAGCCCGAGUGGGCCUCGAAUGGGCUGCCAGUCAACGAACAAAGAAACGACAUGUUGAACAAGAUCAUCGUGUACUCUAAAGACGAGAUCAAGAAAAUAAGAAAGGCAUGCAUGCUUGGCAGGGAAGUGUUGGACAUCGCCGCAGCCUCUGUCAAACCCGGCGUUACGACCGAUGAGAUAGAUCGUAUCGUGCACGAAGAGACCAUCAAGCGCGGCGCAUACCCAUCGCCUCUCAACUACUACAAUUUUCCCAAGUCUGUGUGUACGUCAGUCAAUGAGGUGGUGUGUCACGGUAUUCCGGACCAAACUGUUCUAAAAGAGGGCGACAUCGUCAACCUUGAUGUGUCCCUGUUCUACCAGGGAUUCCACGCGGACUUGAACGAGACCUAUUAUGUUGGUGAAAAUAUCUCGAAAAGUGCGAUAAAUACCGUGGAAACAAGUAGAGAGUGUUUGAAAGCUGCCAUUAAGCAGUGCAAACCAGGCACCACUUUUCAGGAGCUCGGAGAUUACAUCGAGAGGCAUGCAACAGAAAACAAAUGCUCUGUGGUACGGACCUACUGUGGUCAUGGUGUCGGUAAGUUCUUCCAUUGCUCUCCCAACAUUCCUCACUAUGCGGGCAAUAGAACCUCUGGUGUCAUGAAGCCAGGAAUGGUGUUCACCAUCGAACCCAUGAUCAAUGAGGGUGUUUGGCAAGACGUUAGCUGGCCCGAUGAUUGGACUGCUGUUACAAAGGAUGGUAAGCUGAGCGCACAGUUCGAGCACACUCUUCUGGUGACGGAACAUGGUGUUGAAAUUUUGACCGCCAGAAACAAAAAAUCUCCGGGAGGCCCAAGACAGAGAAUUAAAUAG